AUCACUCCUCUAAUAUCCUAACUAAUUGCACAGAGAUCAACGGGCCAUUCAUUCAUUCAUCAUUCAUUAAUUAUUAACCAACAAUUUGAUCCAUUUUUUUCAAUUAAAUUAAUCUAAUUGUAAGUAUUCUGCACAAAUCAAAGGAUCUUUCUAUAACCUGUCGGGAGAUCCAUAUGGUUGGGUAGUUUCCUGUUGAUCCCAACGAGAAGAGAGAGAACACACAAAAUUUUAUUAAAUUCUCUGCAUCUUCUAUCAACUGAAUCUAAACUCUUUCACAUUUUCUGGGUUUAUUUUAGUCUUUAUUUUCUUGUAUUUUAAUCACAUUGUCCUAUGAAUUAAGUGAUUCAUUGUUCAAGAACAUUGAUAUUGUAAUUCAUUUAUUGGGGUUUUGAUUGAAGUUUCUGCCACAUUUUUGGUAGUUUUUUGCUGCAUUGAAGGAGAAGGCAAAGGAAAAUAGGAAGUGGGUUUGAUAGAUUUCUGGGUUAAUUUUUCUGGGUAAUUUAUAAAUUUUCUGGGUUUUCUAGGAAUUUUCUUUGUGGUGGAAUUUAAGCUAAAAAAAUUUCAAUUUUCUGUGAAGUUUUCUGGGUUUUCAAGGGCUUUUGUUUUGGUUGAUAGAGAACUAAAAAUUUCCCACAUUUUUUGGGUAAUUUUUAAUUUGCACCACAAAGCUGUCCAUUUCAUGAAUGAAUAGUUGUGUGAAAUUAUAUGUCUACUAAGAAGGAAGAAAAGGUGACAUUUGUUUUAAGUGGAAGGGUCCUAAUGUUUUGUGUCAUGGGUCUUGGAAAAUAACAUGUUACCUAGCUAUAUUGGUACUGUUAUGGUGAUAUUGGUCUGAAACUGUUUCGAGAACUCGAAAUAACCGCCAUUUUUGUAGGAUUGUAAGGUCUUAGAAAUGGAGGAUAAGAAUGAAGAAAUGCGCUCUUUGGCUUUAACUCCAACAUGGUCUGUUGCAUCUGUUUUGACAUUCUUUGUUGCAAUUUCUUUGCUGGUUGAAAGAUCAAUUCACUGGUUGAGUAAUUGGCUUGAUAAAACGCGUCGAAAGCCGUUGCUUCAAACUGUGGAGAAAAUGAAAGAAGAGUUGAUGCUCCUUGGCUUUAUAUCUCUUCUUCUAACAGCAACUUCAAGCACUAUAUCCAGCUUUUGUAUAUCUUCAAAGUUUUUUGGUGGUGUAUUUUCCCCGUGCUCAGAAUCUGAAGUCCAUGAAGCUUCUGAAGAGGAUUUAUCCGAAGGACGUAAACUUUGGACAUCAUCUCCUCAAAAUUUCAGGAGAUUGAUGAGUGUCCUUCAUCAAAAUAAAUGUCCUGAGGGUAAAGAACCAUUUGUAUCAUAUGAAGGCCUCGAGCAGUUGCACCGAUUUAUCUUCAUCAUGGCAGUGACACAUGUAUCUUAUAGCUGUUUAACAAUGCUGCUUGCAAUUGUGAAGAUACAUAGUUGGAGAAAAUGGGAGGACCAAGCUCAGUUGGAUCGGCAUGAUGCACUCACAGAGAUCACCAGGGAGUUGGUUAUGCGAAGGCAAUCAAGCUUUGUCAAAUUUCAAGCGUCAAAUAUUUUGACCAAGAGCAAUUUCUGGAUUUGGGUGACAUGUUUCUUCAGGCAAUUUGGACAUUCAGUGGUUCGUGCUGAUUAUCUUACUCUACGCAAGGGAUUCAUUAUGAACCAUAAACUUAGUAGAAGAUAUGAUUUUCACAGCUAUAUGGUUCAAUCUAUGGAAGAAGAGUUUCAAAGAAUUGUUGGUGUGAGUGGUCCACUUUGGGGAUUUGUAGUUGCUUUUAUGCUGUUUAACAUAAGAGGAUCAAACCUAUACUUUUGGAUAGCCAUAUUACCUAUAGCACUCGUCCUUUUGGUGGGUACUAAGCUUCAACAUGUUAUAGCAACCUUAACACUAGAGAGUGCUGGACUAUCGGGGUUCUUUACAGGAACAAAGUUAAAGCCUCGUGAUGAUCUCUUCUGGUUUAAGAAGCCAGAAUUGUUGCUAUCCUUGAUUCACUUUAUACUUUUCCAGAAUUCCUUUGAGCUUGCUUCUUUUUUCUGGUUUUGGUGGCAGUUUGGAUAUGAUUCUUGCUUUAUAAGUAACCAUCUUCUGGUCUAUUUGCGGCUUUUACUGGGGUUCUCUGGGCAGUUCCUCUGUAGCUACAGCACUUUGCCACUCUAUGCACUGGUUACUCAGAUGGGAACAAAUUACAAGGCAGCAUUAAUUCCUCAUAGAAUUAGGGAGACUCUUCAUGGUUGGAAGAAGUCUGCGGCCAAGAGAAAGAAGAGGCUCGGUAUGUAUGGUGAUGAUUCAACCGUACAUACAGAUGCAAGCACGGUAAUUUCAUUAGAUGAAGAUGACAGUCACAUGCUUGAUAUCCGUGUUUCUGGGGCUGCUGCACAAUCUGAAAUUGAGCUACAAUCACCUUCUACAACAGAUGCAAGUCCACCAGUUGCCAACGAAAGUUCCAGUCGUGUUGGUACUCCUCUCCUCAGACCAUCUGCCUCUAUAUCGGCAAGAAUACCAAGUUCUCAGCAAAUUGACGUUCAACGGUGUUCCUCAAUGCCGAAUAGAAGAACUGAUCAGUAGUUUUCUGAUAGAAUCAUAGUAUUAUGACAUAACAGGAGUUUGUAGAGAAUCUUCCCGUUUAUAGGUUUUCACACGAUUUAUACAACAAAUAAAUCAAUAGGUUAUAGGCUUACUGUAUUGGAUUCGGAUCCUCUCCAGAAAGUGGACCGUCUAGUUACUGGUGAAUAAGAGAAGAGGUGAGGGGUGGAGGGUUUGACAAUACAAUAUUUUUUUUAUAUAUAUACAUGUAUAUUUUUUUUAAUUUUUCCUCUCUCUUAGCUAGUAACUAAAAGGUCCAUUAUUCGGAGAGAAUCCUGCCUAGAUUGUACUGUUGUAACAUGAUAUUUUCAAAGUGCUAAUUGAUGGAUGUGAUUAUACAGAAACAA